AUGGUGCUCACUGAGCAGAGUAAGAAAAGCCACGGUUGGAUUUACGGUACGGAGAGGAGCGGUCCGAAUGCUGGUGGCAUAACAAGCGGAGAAUUGGCUCACAAUAGGAGACUUCCUCUUGUGACCGUCAUACCAACAUUCCCCAAAGAUGUCCAGAUUAAACUGGAUGCCAGGGAACCAUGCCACCAAGUCUCCAAAAUCCGCAUCAAAAUUUGUAUAGAUGAGGUUGACAGAAUUCACCCGACAGUCGUGGCAUUCUGUGACCGCUUCAGAGAAGGCUUUGUCGGUGUUUUGCCAAACAUACUUAAGCUGGCCCAGGGGAAGUCAACAGUGGCAAAACAGUACACUGAUGUCAGACAUGAUGCCCUGGUUGAAGACCUACCAGGAAUCGACUUGAGGGCUGGACUCAUUCUGUUGCCUUCAAUCUUCAGAGAAAAGAUUGAACAUUACAUCACUUUGGGAGAGAGGGAUGUUUCCACCCCGUAUCCAACGAUUCAACUGAUGGAGAAUGACUGGAAAGUGGCGAUGACCAAUGCUGGGCCCAGUUUGGUGAAAGUGGAUGGCGUGGAUGUGUGCCAGUGCACAACUUUUGAUGAAGCUUUCAUAACGGCCUACAGUAUGUACUUCGUGUUCAACAUUGCAUACCCACCUCACCUGAAAAACACUUUGAGCUUUCUUCAGCGGCGCAUUGUCAGCAUUGUGGAAGAGGGAGACAAGACUCUGCCAAUAACUGUGCUCAGAAUAAUUAACCAAUUUUGA